GGAUGACAAGAGCCCAACAAUUAGUUGUAGGAAAUCGUCAUUUUCAGGAGCUACAUCUUAUAGAGGAAAAGACGCGGAACCCCAAGAGCAGACUCCGCAGCGCAAAACCGGGGGUAUGGCUCUGCCCCAUUCCGUCUUUCUGCGAAUUAGUCUUGCGCCAAACACAACCAGAGCAGCCUCUAAAAACACAUUCCUGUGUAUUUAUCAGUAUCAGAGCUUAUACGCUGUCUGACUCUUUUAGAGAAUGAUGCAACUGGUCUUGACCUGCUGUUUUUGACGUCUUACUGAUUGAGUAAGUUCAGGGUAAUAACAUUCUCAAAGUUUCAAGUUAAAGUUGAACAAAUAAAUUCAAAUUGUAUUCUGGUGAUUUGCUUUCAUUUACGAUGAAAUUUUAAUUGGAUUUUUCCAUAAUUUCCGAUAAUUGUUAUUUGCACUGCCCUGCACUAUUACCAAUAAGAGCCGUCGUCAAAAUGAUGCUCGUGAGCUUAUUAAUAUACUGGGCAAUAGUUUCUCUCGUACAAGGUUUGCCUGGUGCUAAGGGGUACAGAAACUCCGGGGAAGUCGCUAAAAUAGGGAUUCAGCCUGAACCGACAUGUGAAGAACUAAAGGCAAUGUGGAGGUUUUCAAAAAGACAAUCACGUGCUGCGGAACUGACAAAUGAGCUUCCAAUGUAUCCGGACCCUUUUGCUGAAAAUGUGUGGCAAAAUUAUUACGCUACAUCCAGAAGUAUUGCAGGGAGAAGACCUGUUGCCUUUGGCAAGAUUUCGUAUGCUCCGUCAAAAAAUAAAAUAAACCCAGAAUAUCUAAUGCCAUAUUUACAAUAUGGUCCCCAAACAGCACAACCAAGACGGCGACCAGCUACUUCAUUUAGGUUGCCAGGUGGCGGAAAUAUUAUCUCUAAUUAUCCUCCUCAAGCUGGCUCAUUUGAUCACCUGAAGGAACUCAUUAAGACGGAAAGAGCUCGAGAACUGCAGCAACAAAGAUUAGUUGAAGAAAAUGCUGCCAGGGCAGCAGUCAUGAAGGAUACUGGACGACACCAACCUGGACGAUACACCACUGAUCAUUUUUCAUAUCACAUGGUCGAGCCUCAAGAAAUUCUAUUUUCAUCUGAUAUGCCCGAGAUUGAGGAAGACGAGCCCAUCCCAGUCGAAGACCGAACUGGAAUAAUAACUUUUCCUGAUAUUUUGGCACCAAAAGAACGUAUGAGCCCUGAAAUGCCAAUUUAUAACAGGGAUCACCCCCGUAUGCGUUCUCAUGGUCCAAACCUUUUUGAUGCAAGCUUCUUUCCGGAAGAAUAUGGUGGAUAUAUGCUUUAAGUGCGUAAGUAAAGCCGCAUCAGUAUUAUGGUAAAAGUACUAUUGUUAAUCAAUUGGAUGGUCCGCUAUUACAAAAUGUCAAAUUAAAGGUAAUUUCCAAAUCAUCUACUAGAGUAGCAUCAGUCAAUACCUACGCAUUUUACAAGAAAAAAAUCGAAUUCACGUUUGUUGUUUGGUGUUACCUUAAUUAUAAUCCCUAGUUAAGUGCUAAAGUCAAUCACAAAGGAUAACCUAUCAAUAUGGAAGUAUGUUAAAAACAUUUGUUGAAUGGCUGGACAUUUGAGUUUAUCAAAUUAUUCCAUGUGUAAUACGUUUCCUCGACAGAUGAUCGUUUCGUCCAACACAAAGGAAAUAUUCAUGAAUGGAUUUCAGUAAUUUUACACACAACUUUCAGUUCAAAUAGUAGAUACCAACUUCCAUCAAAUGGACGAGGCGGAAAAAAUGAAAUUAUAGCAAAGCAUUUAGCAGCAGAACAGCCUAGCAUACAUUUUUACUUGCUAGUACAAAAUAUUAUUAAGAAACACUAAAUGAAACACAUAAACAAUGAAAAAUAGAUUCGUCGUUUUUCUGGGUUGUUGAAUAUGACACUGCUAGUUAGUAUAUUUUUAAUGGAUGAAGCCCAAUUUUUCAAAUGUAACUCAAGGAAAAUGUACGAAAAGGCUAAAAUUCUUAAAAACAUCUGAUGCUAUAAUUCAUUAUGUUAUAUACAUACUCUAAAAACAUUUCUACAUGAGCAGUAAUUUUUAAGAUAGAUUUUAAUAUGCUUUGAGGCUGAAUGUAAUUUAUAAACAUAUCCAAACACAUCUUGUAUCUCCCAAUAUCAAUGUCUGCAUAUCUCCAAAUAUCAUCCAUCGAUUAAUACACAUCACAUUACAUUUAACUAAUUUAUUACUAGUUGAAGAUAAAUACUUUCAAUGUUACGAGAUCGCAGAUUAAAUAACGUGAAUUACAAAAGGCAGUAUAGUUCCCAUGUACUCGUAUGUACUAUAUGUUGUUGAAACAUAAGAUUCUAUAAGUAAAGGUUCCAUUCUUCAGCAUGAGAAGUGGGGUAAGCAGUCUUUUAAUGUACACCGAUUUAAAUUAAUGCACUCAGAUUUGUUAUGAUAAUAUUUACCAAGCAUAUUUUCCGUAUUAUAUUGCUCGUCGCUUCUUAAAGUCCACAAAUUAGUUUUACGUUUGAAACGGUCUUAAAUUUCUAAUUUUAUCUAGUAAUUUGGCUGAUUAAAGUUGCUUGUUUCUUAUUAUCGAUGUUUAAGUAUAUCUAUAUCUAUCUCUAUUCAAAUAAAGCCCAUAAUAUGUAACAAGCUUGCCUCCUAUCGUUUGUAAAUCACAUUUUUAGUCUAUUUUAUUAUAUCCUUUUUUAACUUAACUCAAAUGCUCAUGUUGUGUUUCGACGAAUGCAAUUAAAAUGUUGAACUAGCCGUUAAUUGAUUCAAAUUAGAUUUCAAUCUUCCAAGUAAUAAGUACCUAUCAGUGAAAAAUUGGAAAAAAUAUUUGAGUGCCCCAUUUUCGUUCACUUAUUUAAAACUAUUCUAUAAAAUAUCCUUAUUUGUGAAACAUUAAAGUUCAUUUGCUAGUUUACACACACUGUUAUAUACCUACCUACCUACAUACAUAUUUAUACAAUAGAAUAAUUAUUUGCUAUUCACCUUUUCGUACCUUAUUAGGUAAAUUAUGUAUACACUAAAGCUGUCUUCGGUCUUAAAUAGUUGAGAAAUUGUUUGUCUGAUUUCUUGUCUUGUCGUUAUGUUAUGUCAAUGGGUAGCAAUGAAUUGAGCUGAAACCUUUCUUCUAUAGCAGUUGCUGAUUAUAGCAUUUAGAUUAUAUUAACAGUGUUCCUACAUUUUAGUCAGUACCUACACAUUAUUUCUAAAGGACAAAAAAUAAACGCUAGAUCUUUCUUCACGUGAUGAACAUACGAAGUCGGCGUAAUCGCCUUCAGUUCGUCAAAGUUGUUAUUACCACAGUAUUUUUAUAUACAAUACGAAUCUGAAAUUUUUAUACUAGAUGCAAAUAUCCAUAGGAAAAUUGCUACAACAUUGCCUUUUGAAGCUUCAUUCCUUACAAGUAGUUUACAUGCAUGUUUCACUUUAAUUUGGUCCUAUUCUAUUAUUUGGCUAAACCGAUAAAUAAGUCAUAUAGGUAUACAUAUCUCAUCUAUAGUAAUUUUGGUUUACGCUAACAAUUACAAAGGAGUAAGCAAACAUUGUUUCCGAUUAAAAUGACCACGAUCACAUUCCGUUAGUAUUUUAAAUACUAACUUUCAAUUACUGAAAGACUUGCAUUAAUACACACUUUAUUCGCAACAACCGUAGAAAUACUUUUUAAUAUGAGAGCUAACGCAGACAAUAAUACAUAGGUACGUAAUGUAUUUGAUAGAUAGUACCGAAAUUAUUUUAUUCUGGUAUUUAUAUUUGCAAACAUGUCCUUGUUCAUGAAACAUUUUGCGUCUCUAUAAAUAUGAUCCUGAUUAAGUAAUUCUUGAUUAUAUUCAGCAGAACUAUAGUCUUGCACUACGUUGUUCCAAGGGAACUACUGACAAUAAAA